UGAAAGCAGUGCAAGCGUGGGCAUACAGGGUAAACAACAACACUUUUUAUAUGCUUUUAUUCUUCAAUGGACGGACUAUUGUUCAACCCCCAAAUGAUGACGGACGUCAAUGGCAACAGUAAAAUAAUGAACGCAGAGCUGGAGGUGAAAAUGCUUCAAGAGCUCGUCCGAAAAUUGGAAAGACAAAACGAACAGCUCAGGACGAGAGCGAACGUUGCGAACAAUUGCACCUCCAGUGCCCGUCUGUUAUCGUCACCAUCUUCGGCCUGUCUUGGAGGUCUGGCUGGCCCAGACGCCGGUCUAUUUUACACAGGGAAUUAUUGCAUUUCACCCCGAGUAUCGACCCUAUCCUAUUCUCCCUCUUUCGGACUAAGUACAUCAGAUGAGCACUAUCCAUAUUUUCACCCGCAGUCAGCGAAUGAUGCUGAUGUGGAUGAUGGUACUGUCCUGGAUGAGCUUGAUAUUCUAGACCUGGAUGUAGUUCUUCCCAUCGUUGGAGAGACAGAUUAUUGCUGGUUAUAUGUGUCUCCAAAAGCCAAGCUGUUUCCUCAUCUUCUCUUCAGCCCUCUUCAGUGGUGUAGACAUGUGCUGGAUAACGCCGGACCAGAGGUGGAAUUAGCCAAACGCUCAUUGUGCUACAAACUGGACCAAGCCAAAAGAUGGAGAGGGGUCCUCUCGGGCCGUGUGUCUUCAAGCAUUCCUUACAGCCCUGUAGAAGGAGUCUCUUCUUUAAGCAGCUGUUCUAAACCCUUUACUAAACCUGCACUAACUGAGAGAACAGAUCCAUCUUCACCAAACCAACAUCAGUCUCUCACAGGGCGGAACUGCUCAAGCCUCACAGAGAGAUCUCCCACAUUCCUCUAUCACACGGCACAACAGAGUAAUAGUCAUCAGCCACGUCCUGUCAGUCCCCAGUCCUCCAUAGACAGUGAGCUGAGCGUCUCUGAACUGGAGGACGACUCUAUCGCUAUGAGCUAUAAGCUUCAGGACAUGACUGAUGUGGAGGUCAUGGCCCGUCUGCAGGAGGAGAAUCUACGGCAGGAGUAUGCGACCACAGCUGCCACGGCCACGCGCCGUAGUGCCAGUUUUUCGGUACACACAGGCAUGCGCAGAGGCAUGAGGAGUGAGGCUGAGCUGGAGGAAGAGGAUGAAUAUGAUCAGCUGUCCGCUCCACAUGCACGACUCUUCCGCACGGCCUCCAUGCAGCGCAGCAUGUCUCACUCACAGAACAUCUCCAGCACGAAAGACUGUCGGCACAGCCCCUCCACACCUCAGUACCUCAACAGCCUGUCCUAUCAGCAGCUCCACAUCCCCAACCUCAGCACAGCAGAGCCCCAGAGUUACAGAGCCAACACAGAUAAGCUACGAAGGAGUAUGCCAAACCUAAUUCGAGCUUCCAGCAUUCCCAAUGUACUCAGUGUGCCUAAUGUUUCUGCUCCAACUGGUCACAUUGCCACUUCAUCCGCACCAUUGUCCUUACUGCGAAACAGUCAGAGUUUUGAUUCUCACAAUGGUCUCACCAAGAUACAGUCUGCAAUUCCCUCUCCUGGUCAGCUCCAGCAGCGAGUUCAAAGCGUGGGAAAUUUCUCAGUGACAACACGGCCACCCCUGAAAGCCACAGCUUAUGUGAGCCCUACAAUACAGAGUGCCUCCCCAAUGCCUUCUUCUGUUAGUCUAAACUGCAUUCCCAGCAGUAGUAUUCCUCUGCCCAAUAAACCCAGCACCCCCUCCUCCACUAGUCGCAGUGCUCUACCUCGGCCGGCUUCCUUUGUUGGGACAAGUGGGGCCUCACGCAGUAAAAUUGCCCAGCCAGUACGCAGUUUACUGACACCCCCGAAGAGUGUAUCUGCUCUGAGUGCUCUGCGUGAUGGAAGUUGGAGAGAUGGCUGCUAUUAACAUGAGGAACCCCUGCUGUGCACACUGACCUAAACAUGUUUCAGACCCAGCUGGCUGGGUACACCAUUUGCUUGUAGACCUUAAUUGGAAAACAAUAAUAUCAAAGUAAUAUAAAGCUGAAAAGUACUGUUAACAAAUGCAAUACAGGAUGAUUGCAAUAUGCCCGUUGGCUAAAAUCCAAUGUAUUAUGCAUAACAUUUUUUAUGUGCACAUCGUUUCCAUAACUGCAGCACAAUUUCUAACAGCUGAAACAAGCAUAAAAUUAUAUUAUUAAUUAAAAAAGGACAUAAGGAUUUUUUUCUUGAUGUUAUGAUUUACAUGCAUUUAUAAGUAAUUUGUUGUCUCCCACAUAGCACUUUUAUUGUUGACUUGCAUUGUUACAUUAGAAAACCAUUGUGCCAGAAUAGUACCAGAUCAUUUUCUGUAGAGCAAUAUUGCAUUCCUUUUAUUAUGUUGCCAAUUAUUUUGCAACAAGAAAAUAAAGUGAACAAAGGUUUGCAAUGGAGGGAACUAAUGCAUUUGUAAAAGCAGUCUAACUGUUACAUGAUCAGUAAAACACUACACUGCAAUUUUAAAGUACAAGUGCAACAUUUCUAGAUUUAUGUUUACAUGAUGCUCAUAAUAUAGAGCUUUGUGGAUAACACAUUUGUACAUUAAAUUGUAACAUUGUUUGUCUUUCAUUAAGGACAGGUUUAUGAUUGAAGGAAAUGUUGCCAAUGUUACA